CACUACUAUAUAACAAAUAAUUUGAGAAUUGAUUAGUUGUGAAGAUGAUAGACGAGAUCAAGUUGAACCCAACUUACGGAUCCACCCUACCGGUAGGAGAUACUGACAGAAAACUGGUUAGUUGUGAUGAUCUGCUAGAGGAGUUAGCCCGGAACCGGAGUUGGAAGUACACAGCUCUGAUAAUGUCACUAAUGUUGGUGUGGAUGGGAGAGAUGACGAAUAUUUUUAUAACUGAAUUCGCAGGUAUUGACCCAACCCCCGACGACACUUGGAAAUGCAAAUCCAUAAAGUGCUUUAAUUUGACAAGAGAUGAUCCAUCAUUACUACACAAAUUUCCUUGCGAAAUUACCAAAGAAGUGGAUGGUAAAAAAGAACUUAUCCUUGGGCCUUCUGACAUAGAAUGGAGUCUUGAACAUUCCUCAUUUUCUGCGGAGUUUGAUUUAUACUGCGAUGUCGGAUCCCGGAAGGCACGAAAAACCUUGUUAACGUCAAUUUUAUUUGCUGGAGGAUUGUCAGGAUUUAUUCUAGGUGGUUACUUGUUUGAUAGAAUUGGGAGAAAGAAUACAGCAAUAAUUGGUAUGUUCAUCGUGACUUUUUCGCUUUUAAUGGGAACAUUUUGUCAUAACUACGCCUCUCUCUUAGCAGUUAGGUACUUCAUGGGCGUUGGUAAUAUCUUACAGUCCGAUGGAAUGUACCUUCUACAAGCGGAGCUUGUUCCAUCAAAACACAGAAACAUGAUAAACAGUUGGGCAGGGUGUAUGGGAUCAUUUGGUUACGUACCUUUAGUAGGAAUUGGCUACUUCACAACAAGCUGGAACAACAUGUUUUUAGCAACGUCCAUAGUCAUGGUGCUCACAUCAUUACAAAUUUUUAUCUGUCCAGAAUCACCCAGAUACUAUUUGAUAAAAAAUGAUGUGGAGGCAGCCAAGAAAUCCUUCAAAGCCUUGGCGAAAUUUAACGAUAUGUACCUGGAUCUGGAAAACAUCCAAAUAAUAGACGCCGGAAAAGCUAAAGAUAGAAACCAUAAUGUCAGGCAGCAACUGAGCGAAUUUAUCCGGUACCCAAGUCUUCUGCUUGAAACUUCAAUCCUCAUGGUCCUUUGGCCGUCCAUUGCGAUGUUUUCUUAUGGCUUUGGCUUCGGUUGGGGAGAUAUCCUUCCAGAUAGGUACUCAGGGUACAUUAUGGCGGGUGUGGGAGAGAUAAUUUCUUAUUUUAUGUCUGUCUUUUUAAUAGGCUGGCAGGGAAGAAGACAUGCCAUGAUAUUUAUGUUUCUAGGGGCCGCUCUGACCUACCUUACAGCGAUACCAAACGUGGAAUUUGGAAGUGGCUGGACACUGGAAAGUAUCAGCUGUUUGAUCGGAUCCAUAUUUGUGAACGGGCUCUUCUCAGGAAUUUUGCUUUGGGCUGGAGAAUUAGCACCAACAUCACAUAGGGGUAUCGUGUUCAGCUUUGGUUCUGGUAUUUCUAAAGUUGGCUCUUUCACAGGUCCGUUCUUAUUCAACAAUUUGGCACUCGUCACUUCAAAAGCGGUGGUUCUUGGGAGCCUAGCUUUCAUAGCGGUCUUUUGUAUGAUGGGAUCAUUUCUACUGGUCGAGACUAGAAACAAACCGAUACCGGUCACUGGACAAGACGUUGAAGAAAGGAGAAACGGGAGAAGUCUUGUUUUAUAAAGUAAAACAUAACAGGACUCGACAGUAUUAAUUUUGAAACUCAAAUUCUCUAUUUUUAUUGAUCAUUGUAUUGUAACAUUAAAUAUUGUAUCAUUUGGUAUCACUGUAACGUUUAAAUUAGCGUAUAUUUUAACAAAUAACCGAUUUUCUCCGGCGUGAUCAAUUAUUUCAACUAGCAGGAACCCGUCUAACUCUUGAGUGGUGUCAAUACUCAAGAGACUAAAUAAAUUAUUACCUAUUUAAUUCGCGUUUUUGACACCACUUGGGGGUCCAAAAUUUGAGCACUGAAAUUUUUAUUUUUUGGCCAAUUUUUUAUUUUUUCAUGCUGAUUUGAAGGCCAUUGAGACAUUUGACCCAGUAAAAAAGUUUCAGUUUUAUAUCUUUUACGGUUUUUGCGGAAAUUCGUGUUAAAGUUGAUGCCGUGGUGUCAGUAAAAUGGUACGGAUAUAUAUCGUCUCGCUUUAUAUAUUGUAAGAUUGAAGUACAACGGCUUUUUAACUAAAGAUAAGAGACGUAUAUAUCAGGACAUUUGUAAUCUGAUAAAAUUUUUAAACUAAUUACAACACUACAAAUCUAUUACAUUUAUUGAGAAAAUUAUGUAAUUUAACGCGAUGGAAGUUCUUUAAGCGGGCAAUUCCAGUCCAAACCCUGGAAACAUGACAU